UUGCAUGUGUGUUUCCACUGUGCUGCAGAUUCUCUGGUAGAAACACUGAAUAAAUUACUCAUUUAUUUCAUUUAUACACUUCUGAAUAUCAAGAUCAUCAUGGCAGAUGUAGCACCAGACAGCACCGUCCCAAAUGAUUCAUCAUCCACUAAGGAGGAGUCCAGGAUCGAACCUGAACCCCAGGAGGAGACAAAACAAGAAGAACCGUCUGUCGAAGAAAGCGAGGGAAAAGAACAGAGCAACUCCAAUGUCUACCGCUACAUCAAGGAGGAUCUGUUUACCUCUGAGAUUUUUAAAGUGGAGAUCCAGAACCUGCCCAAGUUCACCGGCUUCAACGACCUGAAGAAGUUCCUGAACAAGCACGGUCUGAAUCCUCACAAGAUCAAGCUGAUUGGGAGACAGACGUUUGCCUUCGUCACCUUCAAGAAUCAGGACGAUCGGGACAAGGCUAUGAAGCUGGUACAUGGCAUGCAGUGGAAGGGGAAAGUGCUGAGUGUGCGUCUGGCCAAACCCAAAGCCGACCCCAUCGCCAAGAAGCGCAGACAGGACGGGGAAGCGGCGGACCACGUGCAGCCCGCUUCCAAACGCCCUACCGACGAGCGGGACGCGGGCGAGGAAGAGCCUCUCAGCACCCAGAUUGCCAACGCGGUGACGCCCCUGUGGCAGGUCCAGUACGAGGAGCAGCUGAAGAGGAAAGAGUGUGAGGUGGAGGCCGUCCUGCAGAAGCUCGCCAGGGAAAUUGGGAAUAAUAAUAAAGCCAUGCUGCCGUGGCUGUUCGUACAGAAGGAGAAAAAUAAGGGCAUGUGCUGCCCACUCAAGCCCAUCAGGCCAUCACCUCUACAGACCGAGUACAGGAACAAGUGUGAGUUUGUGAUCGGGACGGGCGCUGAUGGAGAAGAUAAGACGGUAGGAUUUCGCUUGGGCAAGUACAAAGGUGGCACGUGUGCUGUUGUGAGUCCCUCUGACACCAUCCACAUUCCUAAAGAAGCCAAGCACGUCGUCCAGGCCUUCCAGAAAUACAUCAGGACUAGUCCGUAUGCAGUCUACAGCCCGGAGACAUACGAGGGUCACUGGAGGCAGCUAACAGUACGAACCAGCAGGACCAGUCAAAUCAUGGCCAUGGUCUUCUUUAAUCCACAGAAGCUCUCGGUGGAGGAGAUUGAAGCUCUGAAGAGCUCUAUGAAGCAGUUCUUCACAGACGGAGAAGGGAAAGACAGCGGGGUCACGUCCCUGCACUUCGUGAGGAUCGGUCAGAGGACCUGCGCUGGCACAGAGGAUUUGCCGUGUGAGCUGGUGGCUGGAGACGCGUGGAUCCACGAGGAGCUGCUCGGCCUCAGAUUUCGCAUCUCCCCUCAUUCCUUCUUCCAGACUAACACACCGGCAGCGGAGGUGCUGUACUCGUCCGUGGGCGAAUGGGCACAGCUGGACCAGGAGAGCACUGUGCUGGAUGUGUGCUGUGGAACAGGAACCAUCGGCAUCUCUCUGGCAAAGAGGGUGAAGAAGGUGAUCGGGAUCGAACUGUGUCAGGAAGCUGUGGAGGACGCUAAAGUGAACGCUAAAGCUAACGGUCUGACCAACAUCGAGUUCCACUGUGGUAAAGCGGAGGACAUUUUCCCUACAGUGCUCAACGCUGUCGUGUCUCCUAACGUCACUGCAAUCGUGGAUCCUCCCAGAGCAGGGCUACAUUCCAAAGUCAUUCUGGCCAUUAGACGAGCGGAACAUUUGAAGAGGCUGGUGUACGUAGCGUGUAAUGCUAAAGCAGCCAUGAACAACUUCGUCGAUCUGUGCAGAGCGCCGUCCAACCGGGUCCGAGGAGAUCCAUUCCGUCCAGUGCGAGCCAUGGGGGUGGAUCUGUUCCCCCAGACCAUGCACUGCGAGACCAUCCUGCUGUUCGAGAGGGUCGACUACGGCUCCAACGAUAACGCCGCCAAGCCCCAAACCACAGAGAAGUGAGGGCGCACCGGCGUUCCUCCUGUACCGCGGUGUAGAUUCUGUGGUAGCACCGGACUCGGAUCAUGAGUGGAAUGGGUGCAGAAGGAGCGGGCAUGAGUUUAAAAUGUGCCAUACAGGGAAGAACACCAGGAAAACUGGAUCAUUUCAUUAACUUUAUCUUAAUAAAGGCAUUUUGUGUUCAUUUUAGAGAUACUGGACUGGUACUGGUAUUGCCAAUGCUUUAAGGUAUUACUUAUAUUUCCCAGACUGCCAUUGGACUACCAAAGCGCACACCAAACAUUAUUUUUUAGACGCUCCUGCCUAAUGUACAAACAACUUGUGUUUUCCCAAAACUGUUUUGUGAGGUUAAUAAUGGGUUAAUAAAUCUGAAUAAAUAGACCAUUUAUUUAUUUAAA